AAUUGAGCUUGGAACAGCUGGCUGGGGACUCCCUCAAGUCAGCUUCUUCGAGGAAGACAGAAACCUUAAGCAGGAACACUCGGGUACCAGAAAGACAUCAGACAGAGCACAACUAAACCAAGCAAACUUCAUUUACAGAGAUUGGCAGGAUGGAGACAAUAGUAGUGCCAGCAGCUGUCGAAGUAGCUGGUUCACUGGUUACACCAGCAGUGGAAGGUGGGAAGGGUAUAUUUAACUGUUUGAAGCACAAGUAUGCUUACAUGAAGAAUAUAAAAAAGAAUAUUGCCAAGCUUAAGAACGAGGAAUCAUAUCUGUCUGCUGUAGAUGAAGAUGUUAAAAGAAAGCUGGAGAGGAACGAAUCAACAAAAGAAAAGACAAACAGAUGUGAAACCUGGCUCAAUGAGGUGGCAAAGAUUAAACAGGAUAUUGAAACACUAGAGAGUGACUACGGAAAAACCAGCACAUACUUGUGCGGACUAUGUCCAUUUACUGGUUUGCUAAAGCUAGGCAAGCGUAUUGUGAGAAAGACUGCAGAGGUAGUUGAGCUGAAGAAUCAGAUAACCCAGAUAACUAUAAUGGUUGAGAAGCCACCAGCAGCACCAAUUCCCGUCAUUCGGAAGCAUCCUCCGAAAAUAGAUGAUGUGCCAUCUCUUAAUUCGCAUGUAGAAAGACUGGUAGAGUGGCUAGAGGAUGAGAAAUUGAAAAGAAUCUGCAUAUGGGGACCUCCAGGAGUGGGGAAGACCACAAUAAUGGAAAAUUUGCAUAACAGGGUGGGUGCCUCUUGUAAAUUUGAUAUUAUCUUUUGGGUGAAUGUAACAGCAGAAGGCAGAAUAAGAAACAUACAAGAUGUAAUCUGGGAGCGUUUAGACAUGAAAAUGGAUGGAAAUUAUUGUGCUGAUCAAAGAGCAAACAUGAUAUCUGACAAGCUGAAGGACAAGAGAUAUGUAUUGUUUCUUGAUCUUGAUAACAUUUUGUCAGAGAUUAAUCUUAGAGAAGUUGGGAUUCAUGAUGAACACAAGCAUGGAAAGGUGGUGUUUGCAUGCAGAUACAAAAACGACAAUAUCUGUGGUGACACUGAUGAAGAGUUGAAUGUGCGGAGAUUAUCCAAGGAGGAUGCUCGAAACUUUUUCUGGAAAGUAGUCGGUUCUCAUCUUAAAGGCAAUCCAGAUAUCAAGCCAGUUGCAGAACUCAUUAUAAAUGAAUGUGGGGGCAUGCCGCACUUGAUCAAGUUAAUAGGCAAUAGAUUGGCAAACAUGGAUGACCCUGCAAUAUGGCGGGAUAUGUUGUUAAAAUUAAGGUCACCAACUAUGGAACCACUAGAACAACUAGAAGAAGUUUACAAGGCUUUUAAAAUUGUCUAUGAAAGACUAACUGAAGAGAUGAAGCCCUGUUUGCUGUAUUGGGGAGUUUUUCCUGCUGGUUAUGAAAUUUUUCGAGACCAUAUAAUUGAUUGCUGGAGAGCAGAGAAGUUUUUUUUAAACCUAAGGAAGCUUCCAAAGACACGUGACAGGGGGCAUGCUAUAUUAGAUGAAUUUGUGAGGAAGUCCUUACUGGAAAAGGGAAGAAAGUUGGGGCAUUUCAAGAUGUAUGAGUAUUUUCAACGGGUGGCAUUAAGGAUUGCAAAUCUCAAAGAGAAUUUCAAUUUUUUUGUCACAGAGGAUGAAAACAUUAUAGAGGAAGAGUGGGAACGUGCAAGGAGAGUUUCACUGAUUCGGGUUCGCCUAUCCACUCUACCACAAAGACCUCAAUGUCGUGGGAUCUUAACAUUGUUACUUCGGGAGAGUAGCUUGACUGAAUUUCCGAGGGAAUUCUUUGGCUAUAUGUGUGGUCUUCAAGUUCUGAACUUGCACGAAACAAGAAUCAAUGCACUUCCAUCAUCUAUCUCCAGCUUAAUAAAUCUGAAGGGGCUCUUUUUAAACAACUGUGAUCAGUUAGUACAGCUUCCUUCUCAGAUAGGAGAUCUCCAGAGCCUUGAAAUCCUUGAUAUACGUCAUACUGGUCUCUAUAGUUUGCCCAUUGAGAUUGGACAAUUGGCUAAUCUAAGAUGUUUGAGAGUUUCAUUCACAGAAGAUGUUGGCAACCACAACCAUGUUGAAGAACUGAGGCCAAUGGUUCCUUCUAAUGUGAUCACAAGGCUUUCUAAGUUAGAAGAACUGAGCAUUGGUGUGAGCCAUAAUAGCAGCAGAUAUCAAAAUGCAGCUGAAAUUGCUCGUGAAAUGUCUGAGUUGGAAGAAUUAACAACUCUUUGUUUCUUCUUCCCUGAGAUGGUGUCUUUUGAAGCUUUCAUCCAGAAUAGCAAAUCAUGGAAAGGAAAUGAGACACCUUCAGCAGGUAAUAGCUUCAGAUCAUUCAGCAUUGUUGUUGGCUGCCAGAGAAACAGUUCUGCAUCUGAAUUUAGUGUCUUUGAAUGCUCAGCUGAAAAGCACCUGAAGUUUUCUGCAGGAAAUGAAACUCCUGAUGCUAUUUUUCAGGUACUUAGGCAAGCCAAAGCUUUUGAACUGAUUGGCCAUCAAACUGCUUCCAGUUUAUCAGUUUUCCCUGCUGAUAAAUUACAAGGUUUGGAAGCAUGUAUCAUUGAGGAAUGUAAUGAGAUGGAGAGCAUCAUAGACAGAGACAGAACAGGCACCGCAUUCGAAGACAAUGACAGCACAAAUGUUGAAUUUGAACGCUUGAAAAGCCUACACAUAAACAAUCUCCCGAAAUUGACACGGAUCUGGCAAGGCUCAAUAGAAUCUAAAAAUCUCUGUAGGCUCACAACUCUCACAUUAAAAGGAUGCCACCGCCUACAAAUGCUUUUUUCACAAGGAAUGAUCAUACGACUCUCUCAGUUACAAAAGCUGCAGGUGGAGGACUGUGGCAUCAUGAAAGAGAUUAUUGAAGAUGGAAUUACAGUUGAAUCCCACGCCUUUCCCAAGCUGAAGAAUUUGCAGCUUCGUGACUUACCAGAAUUAUGCUCUAUUUGUCAUGUCUCCUUGCGAUGGCCCUCUUUGGAGACAAUAUUGAUCAAGACAUGCAUGAAGAUAAGAAAUUUACCUCAUACCAUGCAAAGCGCAUCCAAACUGAGAAUAAUUCAGUGCACUGAAGAUUGGUGGAACCAGCAGGAUUGGCCAAAUAACAUUAAUGAAGAUGAUUUCAGAGAGUUUCUCAAUUUCAUAUGAGGAACCAUAAUAGAACUUACACAUCCACAGCAAGAGCAACUGAGUUGAAGAAUUUGUGAGAAUCAAGAAGGGAUAUAAGUCCAAUUCGACCAAAUCAAUUUAUGUUAGGUAACUUAAAACGGGCAAUUGGUACAUAUCAGGGUUUUCUAGCUCAUUCGUUGCAUCAUGUUACAGCUGAGACAAAGUGGGAAUUGCCUGUAAAAAUGUGUUUUCUAUUUUCUUUGAAUUUGCGAACACCCUCUUCAGACUUUUUCGUAGAGACUCACCUGGCCUUCAGCUAGGGAAGUAAUUCUAUCCUAUUUCAUAAUCAUACUCUUCCCAUUGUCAGAUUUGAACUCGGCAGCUGAGUUUUAACCAUGGGCGUUCGAAUGGGCUUAGAGUAUGGCUGCACUUCUAUUUUACUGUGGACGUCAUGCAUCUUAGCUGGUUACAAUGUUGGGAUUUGUCUAGUUGAAGACUCCAUGAAUGAAGAAAUAAUUGCGUGCCUA